AAUUUGUACCGUGACUACUGACUACUAACCAAAAUCCCACCUGCCUUUGAAUUAUCCAUCCAUUCAAAAUACCUUUAAUUCAUAUUUGUUAUUGGGGCUCUUUUAACAAAAGUUCCAUUCCAUUCCAGAAUCAGAACAAUGAGGUUUGAAUAGAGCAACCAUAACUGCCCCAACAGAAGAGAAAAAACCAGGAAAAAAACAAGCCAACAGGUUUUGGAACCGAAGAACGAGAUAAAAUGUCUGAGUCGGCAGGUUCUUCCUACAGUUAUAAACACAAAGGCAAAUCCCUCCAGAAAUCAGGAAUGCUGACGAGGCAACAGCUCCUCCAUCUCUUUGACCUCUUUGCAAUCGAACUCGGCAAAGCAGAAGUGAAGAAGCGGAUCGCGGAUGCCGUCAGGGACAAUCAAGAACCAGUGGCUAUCACUACCGAGAUACAAGAGGAGCUUCUUUUGAAGAUGGACAUUGAUCCACAAUUUGGCAUUUCUUGCUUGGGGAAGAUUAACACUGUUUAUGAGAAUGAUCGUGAAUUAAUGCUCCAGUUCUAUGACUUUGUUGCAAAAGAAGAAUUGGCUUGUGAUGAAGCAGAAUUGGGGCCAGCUGGAUUCUCAGAAAAAGUCAGGCAGCAGCAGAAAUUACAGGAACAGCAAUUAAUGAUGCUGAGACAGAUGCGAGAAUUGCCGAUAGAUGAUCAAUGCUCGGUUCUUAAAGCUCUGCAUGAGCAGAUGGAACAAGGGCAGUAUGAAAAUAGUAGUGCAGUUAUGACACAAGAGCAAAUUCAGCAUCUGAUCAACAGAAAAUUAGAAUGAUUUUAGAAGCCGAGAUCAAUUUUCCAGUAGGUUCCAUUAGUGCAGAGAACGUUUGAAGCACGUUCCUCUUGUAUUUGCAAAGAAACUUUGUAACUAGCAUUCUUUCUUUAGGACCUGCUAAUGAAUCACUUUUUUUUGCAUCACUCUCAAACAUGUCCCAUGCUCAGUUUUUAAGAAUGUUGCUAAUUGAAAUAAAAUCUGAAUUUUUUUCUAUCAAAAUGUUGCCUUGUAAGUGAUGAAAAGUAACAACUACGCUUUCCUCUGUUUGGUUACAUGUCAAUGAAAUUUACUUUAAGCAGUC